CAAACCUAGCCCCGAGCCUCACAUCCAUUGCUCAGCCGCCGCUCUGCAACAAUCUCCGGCAUCCCCACCCGAAACCAUGACGACAAGGUUCAAGAAGAACAGGAAGAAGAGAGGCCACGUGAGCGCCGGGCACGGCCGCAUCGGGAAGCACCGGAAACACCCCGGAGGCCGCGGAAACGCCGGAGGAAUGCACCACCAUCGGAUCCUCUUCGACAAGUAUCACCCGGGGUAUUUCGGGAAAGUCGGGAUGCGGUACUUCCACAAGCUCCGCAACAAGUUCUACUGCCCCAUCGUCAACGUUGAUAAGCUUUGGUCAAUGGUGCCGCAGGAAGUGAAGGAAAAGGCGUCCAAGGACGAUGUUCCCUUGAUCGAUGUGACUCAAUUAGGGUUUUUCAAGGUUUUGGGGAAAGGCGUGCUUCCUAGCAAUCAGCCGGUUGUGGUGAAGGCUAAGCUCGUCUCGAAGAUCGCCGAGAAGAAGAUUAAGGAGGCCGGCGGCGCUGUUCUUCUCACCGCCUAAGGUUCUGUCUCACAUUUUGCAGUUUUGAAAUCUUAACAUUUAUGAUAUGAAGUUGUGGUUUAAUUUGUUUUCAUUAUAAGUGGAUUGUCUUGUGGAAUUCAAUUUUGCAGCUCUGUCAUAUCAGUAUUAAUGAUUUUAACAUAUGGUGUUAAAUUCAAGUUUGA